AUGAACACAGAACCUUCAUCAAAUGUGUGCCUCUCACAUCACCAGUUGAAUUCUAUCUCAAAUACAAGGUUUCCAAAUAUUGAGUUGCCAAAGUUUCAUGGUGAAUAUGAAAAAUGGGGUCAAUUCAGGGAUAUGUUUUUGGCCUUAGUUGACAGAGAUCCUACGUUAGAUAAUGUCAAGAAAUUCUAUUAUCUGAUGAGCUGUUUGAAAGGAGAAGCCGCAAGAGUAAUCGAAAACAUGGAAGUCACAGGAGAGAAUUACGAUCAUGUUCGAGAAUUAGUUGAAAUGCCAUCGGUAACUAGAGAUCCUAACUCCCUUAGAAAAUUAACAGAUGACCUGCAAAAGCAUUUGAGGUCAUUAACUUCCUUAGGCGAGCCUGUGACACAGUGGAGUAGCAGAGCACAGAAUACAUCGGUUAACCACAAGAAACCUGUAAGCUUGAAUAGAACAUUUUCGGGCGCAGCAAUCGAAGCAUCAUGUGUGUAUUGUAACGGUCAGCACGCGAUUUACUUGAGCGAUAAAUUCAAAGCAUUACCAGCCGCAUCUCUACGCCAAGAAAUUCAAAAAUUAAAAUUAUGUUGGAACUGCCUCCGACAAGGACACCAGAAGGGUGAAUGUCGUUCACGGGGGUGUAAGCGAUGUGGCGCCAGACACAACACGCUGUUGCUUGAAUCAUCUCAUCACAAUGCGGUCCCUGCAUCGACAUCGUCUGCUACAGAGUCGGCACUGCUCGCGAGUUCUGAAUCAGCGGCUACCAGUGGCGUAGCAAUCGCUAAGGGUUCGAGUAGCGCAGUACAAAAAAAUGAUGAUCAGUCGACAGGGUUGCUUACGGGUAGCUGUGUGGACCUCAAAAACAGAGUUUUAUUAUCCACGGCGAUAAUUUUACUCAAAGAUGCGGAAGGUCGAUGGCACGAAUGUCGCGCUUUACUUGAUAGCGGAUCGCAACCGAACUUCAUCACGAAACGCACGAUGGAAUUGUUGAAAUUAAAGCCUAUGAAUAGGAGAAUACCGGUAUUAGGUGUAGGCAGUUCUAUUCCAAAGGCAUGCCAAGUGGUAUCUACAGAGAUAAGGUCUACCUGCACGACGUUUUCUACAAAGCAAACGUUGUUAGUGUUGGAAAAAAUAACCGAGAAUCAGCCGAGCAUCCAGUUAGGGCCAGGACUACCCGUUUUGCAUAACACGGUAUUAGUCUGGAUUAUAUCUGAGAAACUUGAGCAGGAAAAAUCCGAUAGUACGGUAGUGUGCAGUCUUGCCGUUAGCUCGAGACUUGAAAGCCAGAUCGAAAAAUUUUGGCCCGUAGAAGAAGUCUCUAGACACAAAACAGAAAUACCCGAGCACGGUGAAUGCGAGACUUUAUUCAGAAAAACAACACGACGCGACGAACGCGGACAUUUUGUUGUCACCUUACCAAUAAAAAACAAUGUAACACAACUGGAUUGCAACUUACAUAACGCGAUAACACGAUUACAUGCAAUAGAGCAAAAAUUCAGCAAAAAUCCAUCAUUUCGAGAAGAAUAUGUCGCGUUCAUGAAAGAAUACGUGUCGUUGGGCCACAUGUCGCGAAUAGCUGAAACCGAUAUUACCCCUAGUAUCGGGAAUACCUUUUAUUUACCUCAUCACGGAGUAUCGAACCCAGCAAGUACAACGACAAAAUUCCGCGUUGUAUUCGAUGGUUCAAGCAAAUCAAAUAGCGGAUUAUCGUUAAACGACACAUUGAGUAUCGGGCCUAAGAUCCAACAAGACCUGUUUGACAUCCUAGUGCGAUUUCGAAAAUAUAGCGUAGUGUUGGUUGCUGACAUUGCCAAAAUGUAUCGGCAAGUAGGUGUUGAAGAAGGUCAGCGUGACUUGCAGCGAAUUGUAUGGCGUGAAAACACAAGUGAAGACAUAACUCAUUAUAAGUUAAAUACAAUCACGUACGGCACGGCAUCGGCAUCUUUUCUCGCAGUUCGCUGUUUACAACAAGUUGGUCAAGAUAAUCUCGAAAAGUAUCCUAAGACUAGUAAAGUUAUCCUAAAUGACCUUUACGUCGAUGACCUGAUCAGUGGAUCAGACUCGGUAGAUGACGCAAAGCAGUUAAAAAAUGAAUUAGCCGCUAUACUUGACUCGUAUGGGUUCCCGUUGAGGAAAUGGUUGUCAAACCGCGUGGAGGCGUUAGAGCAAACCGUUAACAACGAAUCUAAUACGUUUCAGCUGAAUAACGAUGAGACGCACAAAACAUUGGGUGUAUUUUGGAAGGCAGAAAAUGAUGUAUUUAAAUAUACAGUCGAAAUAGAUCAGUUCGUACUAAAGCGUAUCACGAAACGAGAUGUCUCAAAAACGGUAAUAUAUGACUUUUUAUAUAACUUUCUGAAGCACCAAUAUAGUGAUAAGGUGUCGUUAGCAUACACGGACACUGAUUCGUUAAUAGUACAUGCUGAAGCCGAUAAUUUCUAUGAAGACAUGAAAUCACACAUGCAUUACUUUGACACAUCCAAUUAUGAUGCUGACAACCCACAUAACAUGCCUCGAACAGCGUCAGAGUUGGGUAAGAUGAAAGGCAAGGUACUGUCUGCCUUUUAUGGUACAGGUCUCAAAGCAUACUGUAUCGAUGCUGUAGAUCAAGUGGCCUAA